UGCUCUGCAGGUUAGAGACCAGAUUUCAGUAAAACAAUGCCAGCUCGUUGUUCCUAGUUUGCUGCUGGGGCUUCCUUCUGCUAUUUCCAUCUUUUGAGGAUGCUUCAAAUAAUUGUAAGUACCACGGCCUCCAAAAACUAGCCGAUCGGCAAUGACGACGGCCAAUGUGAUUUAGUCCCUUUUCAUUUCAACAUAUCUUGUCGCAGAGGCUCUGGCUGUGGCCAUGUCAUUUGCCAUUACCAGCGCGGCGGGCCUUGCGCGACUUUCACCUGUGUCGCGACGCGCCUCAUCCAGUGCAUUUUUGCUGCUUGCUCUCUCCGCCUCGCCAUUGGCAGCGUCUGCCUCCUCUAGUCGAACAUCAGGCCUUCAUCCGCAGCGUAUGCCUUCCAACUUCGCACAACCGACCUGCCCGCUGAACAGAGACACUUCCCCGGCCACUGUCGGCUUACGAUCCUUUCAUUCCACCUCACACAACUGGCGGAGUACACCGCAGUAUACCUACCACGUCGCGGCAUCCUACUCAGCCAAGCAGGAUCGCUUCAAUGCGGAGCAAAAUCUCUUCACACAACCAGUGCAUGACCCCAGCAUCAGCAAUGAGGAUCUGCGCGACUGCAAAGAGUCCAUUGACAAGCGGAAACGAGCGAGAAGUGGCCAGGAUGCUUUCUUUUUCAGCCAGGUGGGAAACACAAACACCACAACAUUUGGUGUAGCGGAUGGAGUCGGAGGAUGGGUCGAGUCUGGACUGGACCCAGCUGACUUCUCCCAUGGCUUGUGCGAGUACAUGGCUUGCGCAGCGCGCUCAUGGCCACACGGUUUCAACACGACAGCAUUACACCCAAAAGACUUGCUCCAGGUUGCGUACGACGAGGUCACAGAUGAUGACAGCAUUGAGGGUGGUGGUAGCACCGCAUGUCUGGCUGUUGCAGAACCGGACGGCAACGUCGAGGUAGCCAACCUAGGAGAUUCAGGAUUCAUGCACCUGGGAUUGAACGCAGUACGACAUUUCACGCAGCCACAGACGCACGCAUUCAAUACCCCGUAUCAGCUUUCCAAAACUCCCCAACGUAUGCUAGUGCAAAUGGCUGUAUUUGGAGGCCCAUCCACACUUUCGGACCUACCCAAGGAGUCGGGUAUAACGCACCACAAAGUACGCCAUGGCGAUGUCCUCGUCUUCGCAACUGAUGGUGUGUGGGACAACCUGAGCCCUCAGGAUGCGCUCGGUAUCGUUAGUCGUCACAUGGUCGAUCUGGGUGCUUGGGUAGAGAAAGAUGGCACCAUUGAAGUCGGACAAGACCUAGCGAAGCUGGUACAGGCCGACUCAGCUCGGAAGGCCGACAGCUCAUCCCUCCAAGCCAAAGUGGCGGUUGCAAUCGCGAAAGAGGCCAAAGUAACAGGGCUGAACACUCGUCGAGAUGGACCGUUCGCUAAAGAGGUGCAAAGGUACUACCCUGGGGAGAACUGGCAUGGCGGCAAACCGGAUGACAUUGCUGCCGUGGUAGCUGUUGUACUAGAGGAUGCACCUCAGCGAGCAAAAUUGUGAUUGAAUGCAUUAGACCUCUGUUGUUUGGCUGCAUGGGUAGGCGAUGGCGUUUCGGAGAAGACUCACGCUUGGGAUCGGAGGCGUAUCUGCGCAUAGAACUAUGGUUUGGUAAUCCUGUUGGCCAUUUGCAUGCUUGGUGGAGGUUAUGAAUCUGGAAAAGUAGACAGAAACGCUAGAAAACAAUAUACCUGAAUACGACCGUUGCAUACCGUCUCCCAUGUA